AUGAAACUCAACACCAACCAACAAUUUUCGAGGAUCACUUCCGCAGCCAAUCAAUUUCCCAUCAUUCUCGAAAUGCCAGACCAAACGAAGAACCCAGAGGGAACAGGUCCUAUAACAGAUGCCAAAGUUACAACUCAGACCCGGCUUCUUGACGGCCUCGCACGCCCUUAUUUGAUAACGGCGACGACUCCGAUCUCAUUCGACGACGACACCGUCAGCGGCGACAACAAGCUCGACUCCAACGCACGCACGUGCGCCAUGGCCGACGAAUACGACAUUGCGUUCCUGAAAACCCUCUCCGAGUGCAUGCUCCAGGCGCAGCUGGACGGCCUCACGGGUGACGACAUGCCGCGCUUCCUGCAAGCCGUGCGGACCAUUGACACCACUACCCCCGGCUCGGAUCCCGGUCUUCGCGACCUUGAUGUCUGA